AUGACGACGUUCUUCUCGGUGAUGAUGGGCUCGUUGGCUCUCGGCCAAGCUGGGCCACAAUUUGCUGUUCUCGGUGCUGCACAGGGAGCUGCUGCCAGCAUCUUCGAAGUGUUGGAUAGGGAACCAGAAAUCGAUUCGUCCAGCAAGAAAGGUCGGCGAGACAUGCAAAUCAAAGGAAACAUCCAAGUGAAGAACGUCGUGUUCAAUUAUCCAUCUAGGCCAGAUGUUCAGGUGCUCAAGAAUCUCUCCCUAAGCGUGAAUGCUGGCGAAACGGUAGCGCUUGUUGGUUCGAGUGGUUGUGGUAAAAGCACCAUCGUCAGUCUACUACUUCGUUACUAUAACGUUCUUGGAGGAGAAAUUACAAUCGAUGGCAUUCCGAUUACUGAGUUCAACAUCGAAUUUCUACGAAAUCAGAUCGCUGUCGUGUCACAGGAACCGAUUCUGUUCAAUUGUACAAUUGAGGAGAACAUUCGGUUAGGCCGUACGGAUCUCACCUAUCAGGAAUUAGUAGCCGCUUGUCGUAUGGCGAACGCUGAAAGCUUCAUAAAUAGCCUACCUCAGGGCUAUCAAACCAUAGUUGGCGAUCGUGGAACACAACUAUCAGGCGGACAGAAAGCAACGAAUAGCAAUUGCUCGUGCGCUCGUCCGCGACCCGAAAAUCCUUCUUCUCGACGAGGCCAACCAGUGCUUUGGACGCUGAAAGUGAAGCAGUGGUGCAAAGGGCAUUGGAGAAGGCAUCGAUUGGUCGAACGACGAUUAUCAUCGCUCAUCGAUUAUCGACCAUCAAAAAUGCGGACAAGAUCAUUGCACUCAAGGGUACGUUUAGCAGUCAUGGCGUAA